UGGUCGGUGUGGAGAAAGUCAAUGCCCAGAACUUUGUCUUUGCACCGAGGUUUUCCUUUGCUUUGCAAAUUCAGUUGCAUCAACACGCUUCAUGUUGCAAGAUGAGUUCAACAUACAGACCACCCAGUGCGAUAAUUGCAUUAUUGGAUUCAUGUUCUGCCUACAACAGUUAGCCUGUAUAUUUUCCAUUGUUGCUUGUGUUACUGGAAUGGAAGAACUUCAAGAGGCUUCUCAGAUACUGUCCUGUUUGGCAGAUAUGGUUUAUUGCACGGUUUGUGCUUGUAUGCAGACACAACACAAGGUUGAGAUGGACAAAAGAGAUGGCAAGUUUGGACCACAACCGGCAAUGGCAAUACCUCCUGUUCAACAUAUGUCGCGUAUGGAUCAGCCAUUUCCUCCCUCAGUCGGAUACCCACCUCAACAACCAUAUGGCUAUCCACCACCACCACCUCAACAACCAUAUGGCUAUCCUCCACCACCACCACCACAAGCCCAAUACCCACCAGCUGGUUAUCCUCCACCUGCCGCAGCUUAUCCUCCACCAGCUGGUUAUCCCAGGUGAUCUUUCAAAUUAAUUCAUGUUGAUGUGAGCAAAGGAAAGUAGUAUUCAUGACAAAGAUGCAUUUGAGAGAUUGUCAGCUUUGUGUGUGAUUUGAUUGAAUACAACUCCGGAUAUACAAUUUGUGUGCUCUUCUUUUUAUUUUAAUUGUAAGAAAUUAAGUUGUAGUGGUUUGGUGUUUUAUAUCAAUAAAUAAUGAGUUUGUUUUUGUCAA